AUGAAAUCAUUCAAUUCAUCAAUAAUACUCCUAAUUGUGAUAUUGUCAUCCCUUAUUUGGGGACAGGAUGUUGCAUUGUCAGAAAACUACCCUGUUAUUACUUCUACUAAAACUCUGAAAUCAAAUUUAAAUAGAAAAGGUCAUUAUAAGAAAUUGAAAAUAGAAGGUCCGUUACUAGGUUACCAACCACAGAAAGGGAAUAAGAUGAUUAAUUUACCUGCCAUAGAUAGUAAUAUAUUUGAUGAUGUUGCUAAAUUCAUUGAAAGCCUCAUAAGUAAUAAAACUUCAAAUUCUUCUGAUUCUACUUUGGUGGUAAGACUGCCAUUUCAUCCUCCUUCUCCUCUUCCUUCUUCAAAUUAUUCUUCACCUACUAUAUCUAAAACUAAGUCGUGGGACAUCAAUUCAACCUCUACUUGGAUUUACACUACCAUACUUGAAGAAACUCCAUGUUUCACUGAUUCAGAUUCUGAAGAUUUAGAAUCAAAUGAUGAAGCUGAGGAUAGUGAAAUUGAAUGUUCUGAUAAAGAAGAUGACGAGGAAGUUCCAGAGCUUGAUGAAACAGAUUGUGAUCGAAAUAAGACUUAUAUUGAUACAACAUUGCUAACUUCUACAUCUAAUAGUACAUUUUCAACUGAAAUCAAGUCUUCAUUGUUAUCAUCUACUCUUUUAACAACAAGUUCAGAACCUCAUAGCUUUACUUUCAAUGUAUCCAGCAGUCUAGUGAAUAUAACAUCUGGAAUUAGUACUUCCACAAUACCUGCUUUUAAUUCUUCUAUUUCUGUCGUGACUUCAAAAGAAUCUGAAGUAUCCAGUUCUAUAUUUAGUAAAAGCACUGAAUCAUCAUCUCUAUCCUCAAUAGUUCCAAUUCCAGUUUCUGAUCCAGCUCCAGCUCCAGUUCCCAUUUUAUCAACUGAAUUAACUUUGAGUACCUCUGCAACUUUUAUAGACUUGUCUUCUCCUUCAUUGAUUGAAACUUUACCUAUUCUGACUACCAGCUUGACUAUUAGUCCAAGUACUGAAACAAUAACUACCACUAUAACUGAACAUCAUCAUCAAUCCACAAUAACUUAUAUGCCUCGUCCUGGGAAGAAAUUUCUUGAUUUUGAUAAUGACGGCCACUUAAAGAUUGGAAAUAGUAUCACGGUAUUUGAUGUUACAAUUCCAGGUUGUAUGGAAUGUUCGCUGGUUCAUAAUACUCUUGUUAACAGUACACUGGGUUUAAGCCAUUCCAAUCAUAGUACUGAUUCUAGUACCAUUAUUUUACCAGAUGUACUGACUACAAUUCAAGUUCCUCUUGAUUUGAUCCCUAGUAGCAGCAUAGGCGAUGUUAUUAUCUCUUUAACUACAUCUGAGCCUUCUCUGUCUACUUCUAUUACUUUUGGUUCAAUAAUACAACCUCAACAAACAUUGAUUAGCAGUAAUACUGUCGCAUUGUCUACUGUGCUGUCGUCAGGAGAAAUCGUUCUUACGAGUUAUAACAAGGAAUUAAUAAGACAAUCUACAAAUAUUCAAUCUACACUUACUACAAAGCUGUUUUCACAAAGAUUCUCUCACAUUGAUUUUGAUUUCUGGAAUGAAAUUCCAUCAGAUGUUCCAACUACUAAGCAAAAGGAGAAGUCAACUAAAAGCUCAAUAGUUAAGACUUCUUCUGUGAAUUCACCUACAGAGACAUUUACUUUGAAUCUGCCAUUAUCAAUUACAAGAUCAUUCACUGGGGUUAUAUCUCAUUUCAAUAAUAAAACAUCAGUAGCAUUCCCAUCAUUCUCAGAUGCUACCUCUGCUGUCAUAUCAAUCGUUAUCUUUCCAGUUAUGUUUAUGUUUGGAGUAUUAUUAUUAUAA